AUGUGGGAAUUCCUCAAAUCCCCUUCCCGCCGCCGCCGCGAAGCCCGCGAACGCCUACAGGAACAACACGUCAAGGACAUGGCCAUCCAAAAAGCCACCCAAGAGCGCUACGAGCGCGAAGCUAAAGCCGCCGCUGCUGCUGCCCCUGCUACUGCCCCUGUUACCCCAGCUUAUAAACCUUACUAUCCCCCGUCGACGACUACAAAGUCGACCCGGACUUCGCGUGGAUCCGGCUACUCGGGUGGAGGCUCUUAUGGGGGUGGGUAUGUAGGCGAUUCGGGGGGCUCUUAUGGAGGUAGCGGAUGUGAUAGUGGGGGUUCGAGUUCCGGGUCUUCCGGCGGAGAUGGCGGCGGUGGUGGUGGAGGUGGCGGCGAUGGUGGGUGCUGA